AUGAGCUCAACUCAGAAGAUACCAGAUCCCGAACCAUUGUCGCAAAGCGAAGAACGUCACUUCAGCAAGUACGGGAAACUGCCACGAGUAGGCCUUCGAAGCCAACAAUCAAAGGAACGAACGUACUUCGACUCAGGCGACUUCGCCCUCUCGGCCGCUGAUCGCGAAACAGACAACGGCGCCAUUAAUACCGGCCGAGCCCAUCCUCAACGAGAUAGCAUCUCGCAUCCCUAUGCGCCCAUCCCGGCGGCUAGUAAUGUGAACAAGGAUGCCAAUGAGGAUCUGUAUAGGAAGAGUACUAGUCCUGAGCGAAGCCCGCUGCUUCAGCAGACGGAUGUGAAUCACAAAAAGGAUGCCGGUGAGAGUGAUGGUUUUUUCUCGCAUCGGGGUGACGACGAGGGAUGGAAGUAA